GAAUUGUUCUAUCGUACGGGCAAUUUCUGCUAAUGCUCCAUUAUAUAAGCCCUUUUUAGCAAAAUGAUUACAGACUACAUUACUAAACCGGGAAACAUGCCUUCCUACAACAUGGGACGGUCCAGAUCAUCCCACGUGGUGGCCAUGCCACUCCCCGGAAGAGGCCACCUCAACCCCAUGAUGAACUUCUGCAAGUUGCUAGCUUCAAGAAGAGAUGACGUACUCAUCACCUUCGUCGUCACGGAGGAGUGGCUGGGGUUCAUCGGCUCCGAUAUCAAGCCGGAUAACAUCCGCUUCGGCACGAUUCCCAACAUCAUCCCCUCUGAGCGAGUUCGCGCAGCUGAUCUGUCCGGGUUUUACGAAGCUGUCAUGACGAAGAUGGAAGAUCCGUUUGAGCAGCUCCUGAAUCGGCUUGAGCCUCCGGUUACGACAAUAGUAGCAGACACAUUUUUAUUCUGGGCGGUCGGCGUCGGGAAUCGCAGGAAUAUCCCGGUAGCCUCGUUCUUUCCGAUGUCGGCGACGUUGUUUUCCAUGUUCCACCAUGUGGAUCUUCUUGCGCAAAACGGCCAUCACCCGAUUGAUAUAUCAGAAAGGGGAGAUGAGCGCGUGGACUACAUCCCUGGACUUUCUUCAACCCUCAUAGCAGAUUUUCCACCAUUACUCCACAACCACAACCCAGUCUUGGCUCGAAUCGUACAAGCAUUUUCAUGGCUGCCCAGAGCUCACUGUCUUCUGCUCACUUCCGUCUAUGAGCUAGAAGCCCAAGUCAUCGACGCUUUGAAAUCAAUAUUCUCAUCCCCCAUAUACCCCAUUGGCCCUGUAAUACCUUAUUUCAAACUCGGAGAUAGUUCCUCUGUAACUACUGGUUCUGACAACCUCAACUACCUCCAAUGGCUGGACUCCCAACCUUGUCACUCGGUGUUGUACAUCUCCUUUGGAAGCGUUCUUUCGGUUUCGAGUGCACAGACGGAUGAAAUUGCAGCUGGGUUGCGCGACAGCGGUGUUAGGUUUCUGUGGGUGGCGCGUGGAGAAGCUUCUCGGCUCAGAGAGGUGUGUGGUGAGAUGGGGUUGGUAGUGCCCUGGUGUGAUCAAUUGAAGGUGCUGUCACAUUCUUCUGUAGGCGGAUUCUGGACGCAUUGUGGGUGGAACUCCACCGUGGAAGGCCUUUUUUCUGGGCUUCCUUUUCUGACUUUCCCGAUAGCACUUGAUCAAUUUUCAAACAGUAGGGCAGCUGUGGAGGAUUGGAAGAUCGGGUGGAGGGUGAAGAGACAGGCGGGAGUGGAAACUUUGGUGCCGAGAGAAGAGAUUGCCGAACUUUUGAAGAGAUUCAUGGAUUUGGAAAGCCAUGAGGGAAAAGAAAUGAGGAGAAGAGCAAGAAAAGUUCAGAAGAUCUGUGAAGAAGCAACUGCAAAUGGUGGAUCCUCGGAAACCAAUAUGGAUGCUUUUACAAGAGAAAUCACACAACUCCUCCUCCCCAGCCAUGAAGAGAUUUGAACUGCUUAUCAAAGCUUGCUUUAUUACCUUGGAAAUAUUUCAUGGCUGACUAAUUCCCAACCAUCUCUGCUCUUAAACAUUUAAAUGGCGGGAUGUUUUCUUUUGUCCUAU